CUUCAACUUGUCACAGAACAAGUCAAUUACCUAAGAUGAGAAGACAUUUUCAUCUUCCUUUCUCUUGAAUGUGAAAGAAACACCAAAGAUAAAAUCAAACCAUCUUCUACAUUGUCAAAAACCGAAAUUUCUAUGAACAUUUCAGUUCUCACAUGCCCUUGCAAAUUCUCUUGAUCUUAGUUCCUUGGGCACCAAGAAACAAUACCAUUUUUCUUUAAUGGCCAAGAAGAAACAUAGAAAGCUCUUCCCAAUAUUAGCAUCAGAGACAAACAAAACAUUUGAUUGCUCGAUAGGAAUCUGUGACCCGGUUUGCCCUUAUAACUGUUAUCAAGAACCUGAUUACUACACCAUAUCUCCACAGCUACCUCCAUGGUCAUCUCCACAGACGAUCAGACCACAAUCUCCAUCAAUCUCAGCCGUGUAUCAACCAUCUCAAGACUCUUCAUCAUCCUUAGGCGCCAUAACCAUCAUCGCCGUCACCGGUGCGGUCUUAGCCAUCCUUCUAACCGGUUUCUUUCUUGUAGCCAAAUACGUUACAAAGAGCGUAAACCGAGUCAACCUCGAAAGUUAUCAGUCCCAGAGAGACGGCCACGACGGGGCAAUAGAUGAAGAGUUUCAAGACACGGAGCAAGUAGAUCAUCCGAUCUGGUUGAUCAGGACAACAGGUCUGCAACAAUCGAUCAUAAACUCGAUCACGAUCUGUAGUUACAAGAGAGGAGAUGGCUUGAUAGAGAGAACAGACUGUCCUGUCUGUUUAAACGAGUUUGAAGAAGAUGAGAGUCUUAGGUUGUUGCCUAAAUGCAACCAUGCGUUUCACAUCUCUUGUAUUGACACGUGGCUUAGGUCUCAUACAAACUGUCCUUUGUGUCGAGCUGGUAUAGCUAUCAGUACUCCACGGUGUUCUGGUCCGGUUGAUGUACCUCCCGGAGGAUCAGGAUCUCGUGAUGUGGUUGAUGAUGAUCGUGGAGAGAUCGAGAAUGAUGAAUCGGGUUCUAAAGAGACGUUGAGUUCAAGUAACACAGAUCAGAGUUCAGAUGUACGGAUUGAAAUUGGAGCUGUAAACGAGGUUAACGACGGUGGUGGGUUCGAAACAGAGGCGGAUGAGCAAGUUAGGGUUUUGGGGGAGUAUAUGGAUUUAAACGUGGGAGACGAAGCAAGCUGCUCCAAAGAAAACAAUGGCCACAAUGUGGAGCCAAACGGAGAAGAAACAGAAGAUACAGAGAAGAGUCAGGCAGGCAUGUCGAUGAAGGCAGCAGGAAGCUCAUGCUUCAGUACAAACAAGAGUUCGGUUUUUCCAGUGUAGGAAAGUCUCUAAUACCAAACCAUUUUUCGAAUACAUGAAGAAGAGAACAUAAACAAGAAUGCACAAGUGCAUAUGUAAAUCCAUAUAAAAAAAAGGCAAAUAAACACUCUUUUUCGUUUUCUUUUCCUCUCUUGUGCUCGUGUUUAA